UCGGGUCCUGCUAGGCAGACAUGACUGUUACUGUGAAGCCUGGUGCCAUGGUGCGGUCUCCAACCCAUGGAUGUUUGGGCCGGUGCUGAGGCGACGAGCAGCACCACAGCCCCUGAUUUAAAGCGAUGGCUGCACGAUCAUGCGCAACCGCCGCCAGCGGUCGGGAUGGGACAAAGCAUCGCCCUGAACGUCGCGACUCUGGCUGCAGGUCUACUGAUCUUCGAGCUGAAGCGGGAGUGGAACAAGAACCCAAGGAGGAAGUCCACGAGCUUCAGCUCUGAAAGGCUCCUCUGCAACGAUCGGAGUGUCUUUGAGUUUGGCCCAGGGUAUCACACGACAGCCUUGAACUACUUGAUAUUCCUCCGGGUGGCUGCGGAGUUAUGCACGGUGCUCACCGUGGUCUCCGCCGUUGUGGUUGUUCCCUAUUGGGGAGUGCAACCCUUCUUGUUGGGUGGCUUGGUGGGUCGUAUCUCCUUGGCGGAGGACAUAGAUGCCAAUGGUAUUUGCCUGCUGGGUGCGGUGGCCUUCUUCUUUGGCGUGCUGGUCUUGGUCUUCGCGCAGCGUAUGAAGCGGCACAUGAGGAUCCGUGGUGCAAUGCACCCCAAGUACAGCAGUUGCUUGGAUCGCACCUUGUGGCUGUCUCACUUGCCCGUGGGGGACAACUUGACCGGCAAGUACUUCAAACUCAGCGAGGAGGACUUUGCACGCGUGGAAGAGAACUUGAAACGUGCAAUCGAGGAGCAUGUGAAGCAGAAGGUCAAGCAAGAGCCAUCGAUCAUUCCCAUUCUUCGCGUGCACGUCGCAUUCGUUGUGGAUGACUACUAUGCAUUGGACACCAAGCACCAGGAGGAGGAAGACAGGCUUAAAACUCGCAUGGAACACUUGGCCAUGCUUCAGUGGAAGGACUACUCUGUGCGGAGCUUCAGCUGUGCCAGGCCCUGGAAGGACCUGCAGAUCUGGUGGAUCAGUCGACAAGCUCAGAAACUUCAAGUGAAGGUGAAUUCUUUGCGACUGGAUCUGGAGAGAAAGGGGAAGCAGCAAAAGAGGAUGAGUGGUAGUGCCUUUGUCACUUUCAAGGAGCGGAGAUUCAAGGAUGUCCUGCUUGAAGAUUUACCCAGCUGCUGGAAGAUCCAAAACUACGCUCAUUUUAACUUCGGCCAGCCACCCUUUUCCUCGGUGACCUUGAGGUGCCAGCGAGCUCCACAUCCUGCAGAUAUUUUGUGGGAAAACUUGCACAUCCCCUACCGGCAAAGGAUCUUGCGCUUUGGAGGUGGAUCGCUACUGCUGCUGAUCUUCAUGCUCGUGCUGGUGACACCAGUCUCUGUGAGCUCCGAGCUCAACACCAUCAUCCCGGAGUUGAGACGAGGCUCCCAUGAGAUCAGGAAUAAGGUCGAGCAAAUCCUGGGCGUCAGCAUCCCUGAAAAGGGGGAUGCGGUCUGGCAGUGGCUCUACCUGCAGUUGCCACCCAUGGUGAUUCUCUUUAUCAACUCCUUGGUGCUUCCCUACCUGAUUGGCGAGAUUUGUCACUUCCAGCGCAAUCACACUUUAUCGAAGGCAGAGCUGAACCAGAUGAACAUGAACUAUGUCUUCAUGGUGAUGAACCAAUUGCUGAUCCCCUUGUUGGGUUUGACUGGGAUCCCUGCACUGCUGGAGUUCCUUGAAGUGAAGCUGCAUGAUGAGAAGGAGGACAUCUCCAUCCUGCAGCUACUCGAUGGGAGCAUGCUGAGAUCUCCAGGGCUUUUCUACGUUCGCUAUCUUUUGAACUGCACCUUCCUGACAAACACAAACAGCUUGUUGAAUCUGCCACAGCUCUUUGUACGCUGGCUCACGAGCACACCUGAACCAUGGAACUUUGCAUGGGGAUACUGGUAUGCCGCCACUUUAGGCAUCCUGACCACAGCAGUUUCACUCGGUGUGCUGGUACCUUCUCUCUUGCCCAUCGCAGCCCUAUUCUUCGCUAUGAAAUACUGUGUUGACUCUCACAUCCUCAACACGAGAGCUUACCGUUGUGGGCCCGAGAGCCAGGGCCUUUUCCUCCCGCGAGUGCUUUUCAUCAUGCGUAUGAUCGCCGUGGGUUCCUGGCUUGUCGUGUUCAGCUCUCUGCAUGUAACAGCGAAGACCUAUUUCCAACAUCGCUGGGAUGCACGAGUGCCGUACGGACUGCUGCAGGGAGCUUGCUGGUUGCUUGUGGCUUCUGCGAUUUUCAUGGCAUUCUUCUUUUUCUGGGCCAAGGGCAAUGAUGUCCACAAUGCCAAGUUCCAGUUUCUUCGCUACUCAGUGGGCAAGAAGGACCUGGAGCGCAACCUGGUAGACAGGUGUUUCGACUCCAUUUUUGGCAAGCUCCACCAAGCUGUCGACUCCGCUACAGUGCAUCCAAAGCGAAACUACAGUGAGGAGGCUGUUGUUUCCACCGUCUCUUUGAACUUCUCCCGGCGAGAUUCGGCGGAGAUGGAGGAGUGCCAAUCAGAUGAGGCGGAUUUCCAGCUUCUUUGGGAUUGUCGGAGGUGGCUCUCUGCAUGGAAAGACUACGCUGCAGGCCGCGGUGGACCGGUGAUUUGAAUCAGCAUACCAAAAUCAGUGCAUGUAUAUAAAGGGUUGAACCCUUUGGAGAUACUCAUUGACUCAUUAUGUGCAGAUUGUUGAUAGGUACUUGGGCCACAGCGCACAUCUCUUUGUCACAAUGCUGAGGUCAAAACUUGCCUCAAGACAUUUGCAGCUCGCAGCUUGACAAGCAAGGGGAAGUUUCGCUCCCUAAGUCAAGUGUGAAAGCAACAUGCCAAUGCGUCAUCGGCCAGCAUAGCCGCGCCAAGGAGUGAUUUGCGCGCAGGCAACAACCACCUCUUCUCCUGAGCGCGUGUCAGGCGAAGAGGCUCUAAGCCCUCCCAAUUCCUUGCACAGCCUGGCCAAAGCAUGCCAUGGGUGCCUUCGCUUGAAAAA